ACCAUCCGAAGAAACAAUGUCUGUCAACUUGCGUUCGGUGUUUGCUUUUGCGAAGGAGUACCAUCAGAAGAAAGAAUCGCAGAAGGAUAUCCAGUAUGGAACGGCCGGAUUUCGAUCGCAUGCUGAUAAUCUGGACUACGUCAUGUAUCGGAUGGGGGUGCUGGCCGCGCUCCGUUCCCGUGCGAAAGCAAGCCAAGCGAUCGGUGUCAUGAUAACGGCUUCCCACAAUCCGGAGCACGAUAAUGGGGUGAAACUGAUCGAUCCGCUCGGUGAAAUGUUGGAGCAACGGUGGGAAAAGCUGGCCACCGAUCUGGUGAACGUACCGGACAGUGACCUGGAAGCGCAGGUGGCGAAAAUUUGUGCCGAUGAGCAAAUCGACAAUAACGACCAGGCGAAGGUGUUCGUCGGUAUGGACACACGCUACCACAGCCCGCAACUGUCGCGUGCCGUUGUGAACGGUGUACUGGCACUGAAAGGAACCGUAACCGAGUUCGGUAUCGUGACGACGCCGAUGCUGCAUUAUUUUGUUACCUGUACCAACACGCAGCAUGCGUACGGACUGCCAACGGAGGAAGGCUACAUGAGCAAGCUGAUUAACUCGUUUAAAGCGCUGCGCGGUGAAUCCACAACGCAUCAGGGAAACUAUCAGAACCAGCUGUACUACGACGGAGCAAAUGGGGUGGGUUCGCUGAAGAUGCUCGGCUUCAUCAAGAAGCUUAACGGAGCGCUAAACGUGCAGGUAUUCAAUAGUAAUGGAAAAAUCAACUUUAAAUGUGGGGCGGAUUUCGUCAAAACGAACCACCGCGUGCCGGAAGGUCUACCGGCGGAAGCAUUGGCAAACGGUGGACGGUGCUGUUCGGUAGACGGUGAUGCUGACCGUGUGGUGUACUAUUUCACCGAUAAGGAAGGUGUGUUCCAGCUGCUGGACGGUGAUCGGAUAGCGACACUGUUGGCUGGCUAUUUGAAGGAACUUAUCGAACGGUGCGGUGUGCAGCUGGAAAUGGGCCUAGUACAGACGGCAUACGCUAACGGUGCCUCCACCGAUUACAUUGUCAAUCAAAUGCAAAUACCGGUCGCUUGCACACGAACCGGUGUCAAACAUUUGCACCAUAAAGCGCUCGAGUACGAUAUCGGUGUGUACUUUGAGGCAAACGGUCACGGUACGAUCAUCUACAGCGAUAAGGCCAAGCAGGCAAUAAGGGCAGCAAGUAGCGAUGAAGAAACUCGCUCCGAAGAGCAACGUAAAACGGCUGCCCUACUGUUACAAUUUAUUGACCUAACGAACGAAACGGUCGGUGAUGCGAUCUCCGACAUGUUGCUGGUAGAAACGGUACUGCAUGCGAAGGGCUGGAAUCUUACCGAUUGGCUCGCCAGCUACACCGAUUUGCCUAAUGUGCUGGAAAAGGUUUAUCUUGCCGAUCGGAACGUUAUCACCGUCACGGAUGCGGAUCGUGUGGUGGUUGAACCAGCCGGAUUGCAGGAAUCGAUUAAUGAAAUUGUUUCAAAAUUCGCCAAGGGACGUUCGUUUGUUCGCCCGUCAGGUACGGAGGAUAUUGUGCGGGUGUAUGCUGAGGCCGAUACGCGUGAAAAUGCUGUUCAGCUAGCGUUUGAGGUUGCCAAUUUGGUGUUUGAUCGGGCUGGUGGUAUUGGUUCGCGACCAGUUAAGAUGGCAUGUUAAAAUGGAG